AUGAGCCGGCCCAGCCGGCUACAGAGGCAAAUUCUGACCCUGUACCGCGAUUUUCUCCGUGCCGGACGCGGGAAACCGGGCGCUGAGGCAAGGAUACGGGCUGAGUUUCGAAAACAUGCCUACCUGCCACGCUCCGACGUGCUGCGCAUUGAGUACUUGUACCGCCGCGGACGGCGCCAGCUCCAGCUGUUACGCUCGGGCCACGCCACCUCUAUGGGCGUCUUCGUACGCCCGCCGGGCCCUUCUGGGGAGCCCGGCGGUGUGGGAUCGCCGGAGACCCAGCCCGAUGACACUAACGGUCCGAGGAGAACGCUCGAAGGAGCGAGGGCACCGGAAACACUGCGCGAUGGACGGUGA